AUGUCUUCUGUUCAAUUGACUACAAUUGAUAAUUUUAAAGAAUUUGUUAUUGAAUCAAUAUCACAAAACUUUAAAGAACAAUUGUCGUUUUUGGAUAAAAUUCCAGAAAAAGAAUUCGAAAAAAAUUACUUUGAAGAAAAUAUAAAAGGACAAUCGAGAAAUUUAAAACGAAAAAAAUUAGUGAUUAUGAAGAGUCAACGCCAAUUAGUCAAGAACCAAUUACUUCGUCAACGAAUUAGAUUUACAACAUCACAAUUUUCUCCCUAUUAUGAAACGACUAAUAAUAACGGCAACGACAGCAACGAUAAUAGCGACAAUAAUAAAAGCACGUACUCAAUUGAAGCCAUAUCACGUGCUAAAAACACUAUAGCAUUUUUUAGAGCUUUAAAUUCAGGAUGUUUUCGUAAUUUGGAUCCAAAUAGUUUUGUGGUUAUAUCAGACGGAAAAUUACUAGGAAUAUAUCCUAAUGAAGAUCAAGCGGAAGCUAUGAUUAGGAAAGUAAUUGCUUCUAGAUCUAAUUUUUCCAUCACAAAUCUUCAUCAUAACGACGAAAAUAAUAAUGACCAUUUGUUGCACGAUUAA